UUAUGGCUCCGAAGAAAAUAUCCCUACGAAUUUGGAAGAGGGUUUUUCCCGAUGAAGAUAAACCCUAAUACUUUCCCUUCAAUUAGCUCUGGAUUCAGCUUCAUAGCUUUUACCUAGGCAGGUGAGUUCGCUCGAUUAUUCUUCUCCAUUUUUUGUUCUGUUGUUGUUUCUUCCAUCUCACAAAGCAAUUGAUACAUAUGGAUUCCAAGUUACUGCUCUAUUCCCCAAAAGCUUCGCUAUCCAUAUCCGUACCUUUCAUUCUUGGGCACAAAUCUUAUUACUCUGUGAAAUCUCAAUUUUGGGGUAAGAAUUUGGAUUUGCGAAACAGAAAUGAUAAUUUAAGAAAAGCCCAUGACCCUUUUCAACCCAUUAGAGCUGUUGUGAAACGGAGGAAAGAGCUUCCGUUUGAUAAUGUAAUACAAAGGGAUAAGAAGCUGAAAUUAGUUAUGCGAAUUAGGAAGAUUCUAGUUCAGCAACCUGAUAGAGUUAUGUCACUUAAGGAAUUGGGUAAAUUCAGGAGAGAUUUAGGUCUCGAGAAAAAGAGGAGGCUAAUUGCAUUGUUGAAGAAGUUCCCUGCGGUAUUUGAAGUUGUAGAAGAAGGGGCAUUUUCCCUGAAAUUCAAAUUAACGGCCGAGGCCGAAAGGUUGUAUUUGGAGGAGUUGAAGAUCAGAAAUGAGAUGGAAGGUUUGUUGGUUAUUAAGCUUAGGAAGCUAUUGAUGAUGUCUGCUGAUAAACGAAUAUUGUUGGAGAAGAUUGCACAUUUGAGGACUGAUUUCGGUCUUCCUUUAGAAUUUCGCGACACAAUAUGUCACCGUUAUCCACAGUACUUUAGAGUUGUGGCAACCGAGCGCGGUCCAGCCCUUGAAUUGACACAUUGGGAUCCCGAACUUGCUGUUUCUGCAGCAGAGUUAGCAGAAGAAGAAAACCGAGCUAGAGAAUUGGAAGAGAAGAACCUAAUUAUCGACCGACCGUUGAAGUUUAAUCGAGUUAAGCUACCUAAGGGGCUUAAUCUUUCAAAGAGUGAGAUGAGGAAAAUUAGUCAGUUUAGGGACAUUCCUUAUAUUUCUCCUUAUUCUGAUUUCUCUGGGAUUAAGGCAGGUACUCCCCAGAAAGAGAAACAUGCUUGCGGGGUUGUUCAUGAGAUUUUAAACCUUACACUUGAGAAGAGAACUCUAGUGGAUCAUCUCACUCAUUUCCGCGAGGAGUUUAGGUUCUCCCAGCAGCUGAGGGGGAUGCUAAUAAGGCAUCCGGAUAUGUUUUACGUCUCAUUGAAAGGGGAUAGGGAUUCAGUCUUCCUCCGAGAAGCAUAUCGUGAUUCUCAGUUGAUCGACAAAGAUAGGUUAUUAAUCAUAAAAGAGAAACUUAGGGCUCUUGUUGCCGUUCCUCGGUUCCGAAGCAGAGGAGCUUCCAAUGGUGACACGAAAGGGGGAGAUACAAAUCAGCCCAGUGAUAUGAGUGGUGAAGAGUGGUCUGAUGUUGAUAAUCUUUUGGAUGAUGAUGAAUUUGAUGAUGAUGAAUUUGAUGAUGAUAACAAUGAAGCUUUUGAGGAUGACUGGAGUGAUGAAGAUGAUACCCCACCAAGUUUCAAUGGAGAUCAAGAUGGAGAAUCCAUAAAUAUCGGAUCAAGGAAGCAAAAACAGGUCAAUGACUUGCAAAAGGUCGGUCAGAGUCGUCUUUCUCCUGUAUUACCCGAUGGAAGGCCCCGAGAAAGAUGGUGAGAGCCAUAAACUUGUCUAUUUUGUUGUAUACUAUUAGAGAUUGUGCUCUGCUAUGUAGUAACGAUAGUUUCCUUGCGAAAUAGCAAUGAAAGCUUUCCUCGUAUCAUCAAAUUUAUUUUAUGCAUAUUGUUGUACUCUUUGCAUUUCUUUUAGGCGUGUAAACAUUUGGAGUUUGUUUGGCUCACUUGUGUUAAAUAACUCUACCUCAAUAAGGUUUUCUAUUGAAAUUUGUACAUUUAUCGA